UAAAAACGAACGUUAGCCGUCGCAGUUUUGCGCAUCGUCGUGGUUGUUGAUUUUUUUGCGACGCGGGCGCGGAUUACACUUUGUCACUUCGACGAACACUCGAAAGCAAUAUAAUCAAUUCAGACCUAAUCAAAUAUUUAUGGGUGUAUGUCCUAGUCGACCGGCAGUGCUUAAUAAAAGUUUAAUUUAAGUGCUUCGUCCCUUGACAUUUAAGGAUUCAACGCGCACGACGUCAAUAAAAGUAAUAAUUUCACUGAAAAAUUAUGAUAUUAAAAUACUUGUGAUAUUUAAACUGAAUUGUGCAGCCAUUCACUUUGGAAUUUUCCACUUCAACUGCGUACUUAAUUAAAAGAUUGUUCCCCAGACUGAUUGUGAUGGCAUAGCCGGCGUUGUCUGACUCCCAGCGAGCAUGGCCAGAGUGCGGGUGGUCAGAUGGGCGUGGGCAGUGUUGGCUGGACUGUGCGCUCUGGCCACAUGCGAGGUUCAGCAGCAAUGUCCAGCACGUUCGGACAUUUCACCAUGUGCGUGUUCCGUGAAGAAGAACGGACUGGAUAUCCUUUGCGAAUUCACCGAUCAGACUCACAUCAGCAGCGCGAUGAGCAUUUUAAAGGGAAGGCCGCUCGUUAUCUUUUAUUUGAAGCUGCGUCACAACAACCUGCGCAAGCUGCCCGGGUUCGUCUUUCUCGGUCUGGACAUCCGCCAUCUUACCAUACACAACAGCAGUCUAUCUGUCGUUGAGGAAGCAUCGCUCAGUUCAAUAGGUAAAAUGUUGACCCAGUUGGAUGUAUCGCAGAACAGUUUGACAAUGGUGCCCUCGACUGCGUACAAGAACCUCCAUCAGUUAUUGAUACUGAACAUGAAUCACAAUAAAAUCGGAAGUUUGCCAGCGCGAGCGUUCCAUGGUUUGGACACGUUGGAGAUUCUCACUUUGUACGAAAAUAAGAUCACCAACAUCGAUCCUGAAGCAUUCGCUGGCUUGGAAAAGAAACUAAAGCGAUUAAAUCUGGGCGGCAACGGCUUGACGGUGGUUCCGCAAAAGGCGCUUUCGAUUCUCGAUAUGCUGAAGAAGCUUGAGAUGCAAGAGAACAAUCUGACGGAAAUAAAAGAGGGCGACUUUAAAGGUUUACGGAAUUUGGAUUCGUUGGGAUUAGCACACAACAAAUUAAAGCAGAUACCGCCGCGCGUGUUUUCUCAUUUGAAGCUGCUGAACUCACUCGAAUUAGAUGGCAACAAGAUCGACUAUAUCGACGACGACGCGUUUGCUGGAUUGGAAGAGUAUCUGCAAUAUCUGCGCUUGGGUGAUAACAACAUUCACACCAUUCCCACAAACGCCCUCCGACGGCUGCAUCGACUGCGCCAUUUGGAUCUACGUUCGAACAACAUCAGCACGAUUGCCGAGGACGCGUUCACUGGCUUUGGCGAUUCGAUAACGUUCUUGAAUCUGCAAAAGAACGACAUUAAAACCCUGCCUACGCUCGCGUUCGAGAAUCUGAAUUCGUUGGAAACGCUCAAUCUCCAGAACAACAAGCUGAUGCACAUCCCAGAGGAAAUAAUGGAACCCGUUGUCGACACGUUACGUGUCAUUGAUAUCAUGGAUAAUCCUUUGGUGUGCGACUGCGACCUGCAAUGGUACAAGAAUUGGUUGAAAAAUCUUCGCGACAAGGAGGAUGAGAUGAUGCAGAAGAAACGCACGGUGUGCAUGAUGAAUCACGAGCAUCGCGAAUACAGCCUGCAAAAUUUGCCGCUCGAGAAGAUGAAUUGUGUGAUCAAGUCGUACGAAGGUUCGUCGACGAACACUGCGGUGGGCUACCGGGCCAACGUCGGCUUAAGCGUAUGGAUAAUCGCCGUGUGCGCGGUAUUUUAAAUCCUUGCUACCGGGAGAAAAGCUUUGCAAUAACACGAAAAUAUAUUUCGUGCAGUAAAUAGCCACCGACCCAUUCGGGAAAGUAUACUUUUAAAUAGCAUGAUGGAAAGCUAUAUGAAAACCAAACAAAAACAUAUCACGCAUUACAUGCAACUAAAUGUUCUUUGCUUCUUAUAACUAACGUUACAAUGAAUAUUUAACUGUGUAGUACUAGCUAUACGUAAGCGUAAAAUGGUACAAGCACCUUCGAACUUUUACAAUUUUGCGAAAACGCCAAAAACAUUUUCAGCAGAGCUUAAUAUAACGCAGAUGACAAAAAAUUAUAAAUCAGUACAUAUCGUGAAUAAGACCCACCGACAUCUUUGUAUUUGUGAUGUUGGUGGCGUUUUUGCCAAUUUCGGAAUACAUAUCAAGAAUGACGUGAAUACAAACACUUGCACACGUUUGACGAGCGUAUGACUGAAUUCGUGUGGUGACACAACACAUAUCUAUUUACCUGUGCACAUUAAGAUAAAAUAAGAGUAAAUUUAUGUCGAUCCACCUGCUAAUACCCAUCUAUUAUCAGAAAACUUCGUGAGUAUCCCAAUAGAAAAUUAGCAUAUUGACGUAUAGUGAAUGUAAUAUGCGUAUGCAAACAACGUAAAUCGAUACAUUAAUAGAUUCAUGUGUAGAAGUCGCUCGCCCUAGGAUUGACUACACCUUUAUUAAUGUUGAGAUCAGUUUACAAUUUCUCCGUCUUAGAAAACUCUAAAUGUACAUGCACAUUCUAUACUAACCACUUUAAAAACACUUUAAUCGUAACAAUUACAUUACUAUAGCUAGCUUAAUAUUUUCGUGCAUUUUGUCUUCAAAUUAAAUCGGUACGUUUUACAUCAGCAUUUCAAAGCCUCACACCGGGUUACAAAGACUUAUUGGGAUACGACGGGCCUACAUAUCAAAAGGUGGAUUUGAUUAUAAUAAAUAAGCAUAAACAAGUUAGGUGUAAGUGUCUAUCAUGUUAAUAAAAACAACGCACUUUCAGUGCCGCCCGAAUUGACUAUGUUCGUAAGCGCAUGCGCGCUUUGCUUUGAGACAGGGAAGCGGAUUUAUUCGUUUCUUGAGCAUAUCGCGCAUGCAUACUGCGGCAUUCCAUCAUUGUCUAACUUAUAGUAUUCAAGAAUUAACAUAAAAUUGCAUGCGUUUGUUUAAAUAUUAAACCAAAAGUAACAACUAUAGAAUGAGAUACUACAACAACACGCACUAACACACUCUUUUUAGUGAUAAAUUUUACUCAUGUGAGCUUCUAUCAUAUCAUUACUGUUAAUUAACGUAUUAAAAUUUAAUGAAUCAUAAAAUUUAAAUGCAUAGUUAUAUUGUCAUGCAAUUAAAUUGCAUAAACAUAAAUAAUAUAUUAGAAUAUUUAAUAGCCAGUGAAAAUCUAAACGGGCUUUUGUGUAAGUUACACGUUUAUUAUUGUAUUGCGGAAGGAUAUUGAAUGAGGUAUUUUUGUGGUAAUGUUUAAAAACAAAGCGAAGCGUACGUGUAGUGAAAACAUUCUGGAGCAUCCGCAUUCGUGGUUUUUACUUUGAAUAUCGCUGAUGUUGCAUGUGAGCAAAAUUGUGUGAUAUUUCGAGUAACACCAGUUUAGUUGGGUGAAUCCUAGACCAUUUCGAAACAUAUCCAAGUCGCGAUCGGCAAAGCUUUGCGUUGCUAUGACAUCACGUACCAUUGCAAGCAAUGGCAAAUAAUCUUAGAGAAAUAUUUUCAAUAUUCUCAACGCCUAGAACAGCGCCAGAAUACCAGCAGGGCUACUAAGAACAAAGGCAAUGAGUGACUAAAACGAAACAUAAUCAUUGAAUAUUUUUCUAUUUAUAUAAAAUAUAAUUAGUGUCAGGUCGUUAUCAACAUACCAACGCAAAGCGCCGGUCGGGCUAUUUUUUCUACAAGUUUACCACGAAAACAAAAUGUGUUUAGUGUAAUAUAAGAUAUAUAAUAUAUUGAUGAAGAUAAGAAAAUGUUUAUGUAUACAAACAAGAUGAGCACUAAUGUAUUAAUUAUAAUUGCAUACGAUUACUAAUUAAUUAGGAUGUCUAUCUGUAACACUAACUCUGUGGCUGUUGUGUUUCUGUCAUUAUUAUCGUAUAAAUUUAAAUGAAACAUUACAUAAAGUAUAAAAAGGGCAUGGAAAA